GGGGGCUGCUUCCACAUCAAGCCUCCUAAUUAAGCGCGUCACUCCCUGCCUCCCAUGCGGGGGCUCCCAUUCUCGCCCCCCUGCCCAGGAUUUCGGGAAGCUGCAACUUGCUCUGGCUUCUGGGCUCCUCAGGAAGCUGAACCUGCAAACCUAGCUGAGACUGAACCUGCAACCCUGGCCAGGAUGGAAGGAGGAAGAUGGACGGUUGACCUGGUCAGGCUGUCUCCCGCAUCCCUCCCCACAACCUCUGAGCAUUCCCUCCCAGGACCCUUGGAGAAAUCUGGUGAGGAAGAUGAUGGCCAGAAUUCUAUGGAGCCAUCUGUGAAUUCAUUGGGAAGAACAAAGAAACAGUUUAAAUGCAUGGAAUGUGGGAUGUGCUUUAGUCAUAGUGGAAGACUGAGGACACAUCAAAGAAUUCACAUAGAGGAGAAACCAUUUAAAUGUACUGACUAUCGAAAGAGCUUCAAGGAAAAUGGAACUCUUAGAAAACAUCAAGGAACUCACACAGGGGGAAAACCAUUUGAAUGUACUGAAUGUGGAAAGUGCUUCAGUCGAAAUAGAACACUUAGAACACAUCAACAAACUCACACAAGGGAUAAACCAUUUGAAUGUAUAGAAUGUGGAAAGAGCUUCAGUAGAAGUGGACACCUUAGAAUACAUCAACGAACUCACACAGAGGAGAAACCAUUUAAAUGUAUUGAAUGUGGAAAGUGCUUCAGUCAAAAUGGAAACCUUAGAAGACACCAACGAACUCACACAGGGGAAAAACCAUUUGAAUGUACUGAAUGUGGAAAGUGCUUUGGUCGAUAUGGAACACUUAGAAUACACCAACGAACUCAUACGGGGGAGAAACCAUUUGCGUGUAUUGAAUGUGGAAAGAGCUUCAGUCAAUAUGCAACACUUAGAAUACACCAACGAACUCACACGGGGGAGAAACCAUUGAAAUGUAUUGAAUGUGGAAGGAGCUUCAGUGAAAGUGGAGCACUUAGAAGACAUCUACAAACUCACAUAGAGGAGAAACCAUUUGAAUGUAUUGAAUGUGGAAAAGGCUUCAGUAAGAGUGAAGACCUUAGAAUACACCAAGGAACUCACAUGGGGGAGAAACCAUUUAAAUGUAUUGAAUGUGGAAAGAGCUUCUGUAGAAGUGGAACACUUAGAAGACAUCAACGAACUCACACAGAGGAGAAACAAUUUAAAUGUAUUGAAUGUGGAAAGAGCUUCGGUAGAAGUGAACACCUUAGAAGACAUCAACUAACUCACACGGGGGAGAAACCAUUUAAAUGUACUGAAUGUGGAAACAGCUUCAGUCAAAGUGGAGCACUUAGAAUACAUCAACUAACUCACACGGAGGAGAAACCAUUUAAAUGUUUUGAAUGUGGAAAGAGCUUCAGUAGAAGGGGACACCUUAGAGUACACCAACGAACUCACACGGGGGAGAAACCAUUUGCAUGUAUUGAAUGUGGAAACAGCUUCAGUCAAAAUAGAUACCUUAGAAUACAUCAACGAACUCACACGGGGGAAAAACUAUUUAAAUGUAUUGAAUGUGGAAAGAGCUUCAGUCACAGUGGACACCUUAGAAGACACCAACGAACUCACACGGGGGAGAAACCAUUUGCAUGUUUUGAAUGUGGAAACAGCUUCAGUCAAAAUGGAUACCUUAGAAUACAUCAACGAACUCACACGGGGGAGAAACCAUUUAAAUGUAUUGAAUGUGGAAAGAGCUUCAUUAGAAGUGGACACCUUAGAGUACACCAACGAAUUCACACGGGGGAGAAACCAUUUGAAUGUAUUGAAUGUGGAAAGAGCUUCAGUCAAAAUGUAAUACUUAGAAGACAUCGACAAACUCACAGAGGAGAAACCAUUUAAAUGUACUGAAUGUGGAAAAAGCUUAAACAGGAAGGAUAAUCUUACAUUACAUUGGCAAACUCACACAGCGGAGAAACUUUAGUCAAUAUGGAACCUUAGGAAACAUCCACUAAUUUACAUGGGGAGGUCUUAAUACAGUGGUACCUCGGGUUAAGUACUUAAUUCGUAUCGGAGGUGUAUUCUUAACCUGAAACUGUUCUUAACCUGAAGCACCACUUUAGCUAUUCGGGCCUCCUGCUGCCGUCACGCCGCCACCACACGAUUUCCAUUCUCAUCCUGUAACAAAGUUCUUAACCCGAGGUACUAUUUCUGGGUUAGCACAGGUUCUAACCUGAAGCUUAUAUAACCUGAAGCAUUUGUAACCCAAGGUACCACUGUAUAGAACUUUCUAGAGCAGCUUUCUCAACCUGUGGGCCCCCAGAUGUUGCUGAAAUACAACUCCCAUCACCCCUAGCUAGCAAGGCCAGAGCUCAGGGAUGAUGGGAGUUGUAGUCCAACAACAUCUGGGGACCCACAUGUUGAGAACCGCUGCUCUAGAGGGUUUUCUGUUGUAAAUAUUAGAUUGUCUGCGAAGGCUCUGACCUUAUAGGCCCUUUGUCCAACUUUAAUUCCUUCUAUUCUAGGGUCUUCUCUUACUGCUUUCAAAAACACUUCCAGAAGUGUGAUAAAGAGGAGAGGAGAAAGAGGGCAGUCCUGUCUUGUUCCCUUAAGAGAUAUUAAAAGCUUCUGAUGUUUCACCAUUUAUAAUUAGUCUGACCUUUUGGGAAAUAUAAAUCGCUUUUAUACCACUACAUAUUUUCUCACCCAAACUCAUCAUUUCAAAGUUUUUUGCAUGAAUGCCCCUGAAGCAUGAUCCAAUGCUUUCUCCGAAUCCACCAAGAUCAGGGCUGCCUUUUUAUCUGGUCUCAUUUCUAGGUAUUCUAUUGUAUCUACUACCAACCUUACGUUGCUGUAAAUUUGUCUUCUCCAUAGUAAGCCUGACUUUAUUAAUCUUUAUUAAUCUUUAUUUAUUAAUCUUGCUAGGAUCUUUUUCAAUUUAUUGGCUAAAAUGUUUGCAAAUAAUUUAUAAUCUGAAUUUAGAAGUGAGAUUGGUCUAUAAUUUUUAAUUUAAAUUGGGUCCAUAUUUCAGUAUCAAUGUAAUUAGGGCCUCUUGCCAUUAUUCUGGCACUUGUCCUCCUUCUAAAAUUUUGUUCAUUAUUUUUUCUAAUACCGGUAAUAUGGUCUCUUCCCAUUUUUUGUAAUUCAUUAUAGAAAUACCAUGUGUACCGGGGACUUUACCAUUCUUAGAAGUCACAAUUCCUUCUUUUAUUUCAUUAAUAUUAAUAGGGGCAUUUAAG